AUGCCGUUGAAUGAUGUGGUGGCAGAAUUAGCAUCGAAUAACCUAUUCACGGCUGGAUUUGGUUUGUUCGGUGUUGGAGCUGGUGCGGCGCUGUUGCGCAAAGGAAUGCAAGGUGCAUUCAUUCUGUUCCGUCGUCAUUAUAUGAUAACAUUGGAAGUGCCAUGCCGUGAUAAAUCAUAUCAAUGGCUGUUACAGUGGAUAUCACAGAAAGGUGCACGCAAAACGCAGCAUCUGAGUGUUGAGACAUCGUUUGUGCAGCGAGACACGGGUCAUGUGAGUACGGAAUAUGCAUUUAUUCCGAGCAUUGGAACACACAUCAUGUACUAUCAAGGCAAUUGGGUUCGAGUCGAACGGACACGGCAACAGGCAACGCUUGACAUUCAAAUGGGCAUUCCAUUUGAAACGGUUGAAUUGACGGCAUUCGGUCGUAAUCGUAACCUUUAUUUUAAUAUGCUUGAAGAGGCACGUGAAAUGGCAUUGAAAUUCACCGAAGGUAAAACACUUUUGUACACAGCAAUGGGACCAGACUGGAGGCAAUUCGGUCAGCCACGAAAACGACGACCAAUCUCAUCGGUUGUACUGGAUGAACAUAUAACGGAUAGAAUUUUAGCCGAUUGUCGUGAAUUUAUCGGUAAUCCAAAAUGGUAUUCGGAUCGAGGGAUCCCGUAUCGUCGAGGAUAUUUAUUACAUGGACCACCCGGUUGCGGUAAAUCAUCAUUUAUUACGGCUUUGGCCGGUGAAUUGGAGUUUAGUAUUUGUCUAUUGAAUUUAAGCGAACGUGGUUUAACCGAUGAUCGUUUGAAUCAAUUGCUGAAUAAUGCACCCGAGCGUUCGAUUAUCCUUCUCGAAGAUAUCGAUGCAGCGUUUAUGUCACGCGAAGAUUCAACGGCUCAGCAUGCCGCCUUCGAAGGAUUGAAUCGUGUUACAUUCAGCGGUUUAUUGAAUUGCCUAGAUGGUGUUGCAUCCACCGAAGCACGUAUCGUAUUCAUGACCACAAACUAUUUGGACAGACUCGAUCCAGCACUCAUUCGACCGGGUCGCAUCGAUUUCAAAGAAUACAUUGGAUACUGUGGUCGUUAUCAAUUAGAGGAAAUGUUCAAACGUUUCUAUACCAUUCAGAAUGGCGAUGGUGAAGAGGAGACAAAAACACUACACAAACAAUUUGCUGAGGCUGUUUUAGCUGUUGGUAAAAAAGCGAGCCCAGCUCAAAUCCAAGGAUACUUUAUGAUGCACAAACUAUCGAAACAAGAAGAUGUCGUUGCAAAUGUUCAACAAAUAUGGCAAUCAUAAUACUAAACAUAAAUUGUAUUUUAUUUAAACCAACACAAAACAAAAAAUUUAGAAAAUAAUUUUAGACCAAAUAAAUUAUAACUAUUGAAAUGGAAUUUGUGUAAAUUAUUGUAAAAUUUCGAUUAUUUUCAAUGAAUAAAUAUUGUGUAUAUAUAA